GAUUCAUGCAAGUGGAUUCUAUAUGGAUCUUCUUUGAGGUUGUCAAACCCAACUCCAACUGUUUUGAAUUCACGCAUGCAAAGACGCAAACAUCGCCAUCGCCUGCAUGUCAAGUACACCCUUACAAGUAUGAAACCCUGCGUUUUGGCUCAGACAUUUGUUUCCCUCACGCCAGUAGUUUUACUUCUUCAAUCGAAGCCCCGCCAGGUAGUCUUCCGUCGGAGGACAUGAACCAAUCGCACCAAUUCCCUGCCAUUAUAUUGAUGAAAUUGCAGUGGGUAGAGUUAAUGUUCCUCCAGACAGAUGUAGAUAAGUUUCUUUCAAUAGGUUUUGAUCAAUGCAUGCAAGAUGAGACCUUUUAAACUAUAAGACUAAUCAAGAGGAGCAAACACAAUGAGACUCAACAUCCUAAAUCUAAAAUUUGAGACAUCUUCUUCCUAAUUCCAAACUGAACUCUUCAGCCAAAUUUGCGCUUUAAGGCUCUGCACUCAAAGAGCAAGUGAAAGAAAGAGAAGAUGGAUUGGGAAGUGGAAGAGGCAGAGGAAGAUGGCCCAAAGUUGUGGAUUUGGAUGACCAUGGGAUUGGAGUUACUCCCUAGGCAGACGAAGUGUAUAUGCUAGAAAAGAAAAGAGUUUUUAGUGAAAAUCCCAACCCACCACCAUGUUGAACUCCUGCAUGCAAUCGAUCUUCUGGUCUGAUGAACUUGAACGAUGGCAUAUAAAUCACAAAAUCUCCAAGCCACCACCCCCAAUGAUUCAUGCAAGUGGAUUCUAUAUGGAUCUUCUUUGAGGUUGUCAAACCCAACUCCAACUGCUUUGAAUUCGCGCAUGCAAAGACGCAAACAUCGCCAUCGCCUGCUAUUCAUCUCGCUCCCCCAUUUUUGAAAUUAUAAUUAAGGACAAAUAGAAUGGGCAUCAAGCUUCUCCUCUCUCUGGGAGUUUUUGGAUUAUAAGACAGAAAAAGGACUGACAUAAUGGAAACUAAAGCCUAAAGAUCGUAGUAGUAAAGAAUUAGUACAAGUGGUUGGGUACCAUUUGUUGCAUGGAAUGAAGCUUACACGUGGAUGCUAAAAAAAUUAUAUGGGGGUCGUUUGAAUGCAGGAUUGUAAUGAGGGAUUUGUGAGUGGUUUUAAAACAAUCUCUCAUUGUGCAGGAUUUUAAAACAAUCUUGCGUUUGGAAAGACGAGAGAUUGUAUGCAUCAAGAUUUUUGAAAACCCACAUGUGUGAGAUUUCAAAAUAGCUUAUGGAGGUCAGCUAUUUCUAAAGCCUGCAUUUUUCUUCCAAUUUUUCCAAUGUUGACCCUUCCUCCGUGAGACCCUUUCUUCUUCCAUUUCUCCUCCUCCUUCUAAUCUUUUUCCUUCUUCCUUCCGGCGAGCAGCAGCAAGCCACCAACACCAAAUGCAUUUCUCAUCUCCCAAAUCCCAUCCUUCUUAUCUUCCCAUCAAUUUGAUAAAACCAAAUCUGUUUCUCAUCUCUCAGUUUUCACCGUCAUAGGCUGCUCCCUGCAUAUUCCGGUCAAGCAGCGGCAUGGUGCCUUCCGGCGGCGAUUCCAGAUCCGGUCAAGCAGAUGCAAGGCAUCUCGUAUUUCUGGGUUCUCUUUCCCGGCGCGAUUCUCAACCCAUCCUCCGCAAUUUCGCCGGAUCUAUUAGCCUAAAGAAAGACAAGCUUUGGGUUCUAAAUCUGGCUGCCGACGACCUCCUCUUGGCGGCAUCAAAUCCAUCGUCUUGAUCUGGGUUGAAUUAAAGUCGGAGGUCGAAUCAAAGUCGUUCGAACAUGAAGUUCGAAUCUGGGUUGAAGCUUGAAGUUCGAAUCGAACUCAGAGGUCCUUGCCGUCGGGAAAGAGUUUGAGGAGGAAGAUGACGAGCAGCUUCCAGAAUACCCUAUCUAGCGUGCGUGGUGAGACAACGACAGAAAAUCGAUCAGAGAUGAUGGUCUGGAUUUUCUUUUCUGGGUUUGAUGCCGCUAAUUUUUGGGAACGAAGAUGAAGGAAGAGGGGCAAAAUUGUAUUUUGCAUUUUCUCAUUAAAAACCCAGGCUUAUAAACAAACAAGUGAUUUAUUAAAAUUCCUCGUAUUAAAAACCUAGGUUUUUUAAACGAGGGAUUUUAACUCAAAUCCCUCAAUAUUACAUUCCUUGAUCCAAACGACCCCAUGGAGUUAAUGGCAAGUAAUUAACAAGCUGGGAGUUUUUGGUUUGAGUCAAAAUCUAUAUAUUAAAAGUUUCAUUUUCUUCAUGAGGUGCCUAUCUCAGUGUGUAUCGGCCAAAUGAAAAAUAAAACAAACAUAUCCACGGAACGGUAAUUAAAGCGUAGUAUGUUAGUUUUCACAAUUGGUGAUUAACAUGGAGGGAAUUAUCUAAACAUAUAAGUUGGUUAUCUUAUAGGAAUUGUGAUAUUGCUUGAUGAAUGGGAAUAAUCGAAUAUUUAGAUAAAAUACAUAUGGAUGUGUACAAUCGGAUGAGUUUUGAUUGGAUAGUGUGAAAAUCAUGUUCACUUAUUGUCCGUAAUAUUGAAAUUCUGAUUUUAUUCGUACCCACUGAAAAUCCUUCGGACUCGAGUUUUACUCUAUCCAACCAAAUUGGACUAUGAUGUAUUUUGGAGAUACUCAAGAUUGUGAUGAAGAAGUCGAUAAAGAGAGGGGUAUUAAAUUACUUUUUAUUCAUACACUGCAUAGCGCGCGUGGAAAAAUUGGAAAUUAUAAUGGAGAGAUGAGGUGGAUCCUUUGAUGAUUAUCAUCCAUUCAUUUUCAUAACAUGUAUUAAAGUUUUGCGCAUUUGGUAAAACAACACUUGAGUUUGUAUAGAAAACGUUAGUGAUACGAUGUUUAUGUUUUCUUUCAUUAUCCCCAUUAUAUUGACCCAUAAUUUCAUUCCUUUCGUCUUCCCUUUUCUUUUCACCGAAUUUGAGACUUUUUGUGACAUCUUCCCCUCCUUCAUAAUCUACCAGAGUCUCUACGAAAUGCACUUCCUUUUGUUGGUCAAAAUCGCAUUUCCAACUCCUGGAUUCAUUCGGAUUUUUAGGUGAGAUUAAAUGCAUAAAUUUGGGCAAAAGUCCAGGUUAUUUGCUCCCUACUUAAAUUUGUAUGAAUAUUCCCCAAUAGUUUUCAUGCGAUUUCUAGGUUGGCUAUAAGGGGACCCUAAUUUCUUUCAUGCGAUUACACCCAGAUUUUUCCUCAUCAAGUGUAUUCAUUAUUCAUGCGAUUUAAGUGCUUUAACAUAUGUAUUUGUUUUUAGCUCUAGAAGCUAAUUGUAUCAUAGUUCAAAUUGAAUUUUUGGGGUUAGGCAUGUAACAUUUAAAUUUGGAAAUGAAUCUCUGUUACUGGGAGGAAUUUGACUCCUUGGUCGUUGUGUCAAGGAUUGCAACAAUAUUGUUGAAUAUGCAUUGUGAGAGUAAUUUGGAAAUUUACCGGUACACAAUACGUUGUCCAACUAACCAUUAGUGACAAUUUCGAUCAUAUCCGAUAUAUUUCAAAUUUUGCAACUUCAUAUCCAUUUCCCGCGCUAUAAUAAACAAGGAUGUUGUCUACGGUGAUCGGAGUUGGAGAAGGAGGAGGAUUACUCCAAUUGUUGAUUUUCAUGUGGUUAAUGGGAUACAUACACAUAGGGUACUAAUAGCGUGCUAGCUUUAUAAUCGAGUAAAUUGCAAGUUUGGUCACUCGAAUUACUAUAAAAUUUCACGUUUGCC